AUUCUGGAGGUCAACACACACCGAGAGCAGGCAAUUAUAAAUCAAACAAUCCAAAACAGGUUGUAUGUAAUGGUCAAGGUGUGACUUUUUCUUUUCCAUUUUAUUGAUGAACGCCUGUUACAUAAUUAGUCUGUUUCAUACACUAACAUUUAUUUUUUAAUAAUCUGAAUGGAUGAUGAAUUAAAUGCAACAUUUAUAACCCUUGGUGGGCAUGUGGAGGUGCACAGAUACAGAUUUCUUUAUUUUGUGAUUAUGUUCAUAGUAUAUAUUCUAAUACUCUGCAGCAAUUUAACCAUCAUAUGCCUUAUUUGGAUUCACCGAAACCUCCAUGAGCCUAUGUACAUUUUCAUUGCAGCUUUGUUACUGAACUCUGUUCUUUACAGCACUACUAUCUACCCAAAGCUUCUGAUUGACUUUUUAUCAGACAAACAGAUCAUAUCUUAUUCAGCCUGUCUCUUUCAAUGUUUUCUGUAUUACACUCUAAAUGGUUCAGAAUUCUUACUGUUGGCAGCCAUGGCCUAUGACAGGUAUGUGUCUAUAUGUAAACCUCUGCAAUAUGCAACUAUCAUGAGAAAAACCACUGUCAAUAUUCUCCUAAUUUUUGCCUGGCUUCUGCCUGCUUGUCAGAUUGCAGUACCAGUAGCCUCUAGUGCUAAUUCUAAACUCUGUAAUUUUACUUUGAAAGGAAUUUUUUGCAACAAUUCAAUUUACAAACUUCACUGUGUGAGUUCAAGAGCACUAUCUGUGUAUGGUGUGAUUGUUUUGUUAAAUGUCACACUUUUCCCUGCGCUUUUCAUACUGUUUACGUACACACGGAUAUUUAUAAUAACCUACCAAAGUUGUAGAGAAGUCAGGAUAAAAGCCGCACAGACCUGUUUUCCUCACCUGUUGAUUUUGGUAAACUUUUCUUGUUUGGUCACAUAUGAUGUCAUUAUAGUUAAACUGGAAUCUGAUUUUCCAAAAACUGCACGUUUUGUAAUGACUUUACAAGUGGUUUUGUAUCAUCCUCUCUUGAAUCCAGUCAUAUAUGGACUAAAAAUGAAAGAGAUUUCUAAACAAAUCAAGAGGUUGUUUUGUCAAGACAAACUGAACUAAUAUAUCGACAAAGAUUACUGAUGAGCAGUCAUUUCUUCUGUAAUAAUCAUGCAGAUAUGUGAUUUCUGUGAUUUUUGGAAGGAUUUGUUUCCAUAACACUAAUGCACAGUAAAGAGCAACAUCAGCUUCAGCAGCGUAAUGACUAAUGACUAAGAAAUUGGAUGUGGUUUUUCAAAAAUGCUGAACUCCAGCAACACUAAAUAAAGAACUUUACUGUGAGACGCUUUCUGCUUGUAGCCUUUAUCAGGGUGACUUUGCAAACACAAAAGAAAUGUUUUAUUCUGGUGUCACAUGUGAGUUUUCCAGUUUGUUUUGAUUAACUGCAAGAAACAUUACUCUGUUACCAGUAACGUUUUUGAUAUUAUCAUCAUUGUUUCUGGGUGUAUUGUUGUUAAAGUUCAUAAUGGUCAUAAAGUGAAUAUCUCAACAUUUUAAACCAACAGCCUUGAAAGCAAGAGCAUGUGCUCCAGACUGUAAUUUGGUACAAAUUUUAUUAAAAUCAAUAAAUAUGUUGUUUAAUAAUAAUAAUGAUUUUAAUGCUAGUGAAUUAAAGAGGAUGAGCUUAUGUCUCGUCUCCCUCAUGGGUUGAACUAACAUCAUUAAAAUGUCUAUUUUGCUUUUAUUUUGUACUUCUCAUAUUAAAAAAAGUCUUAUUUCUCCCUUCAUCUGGAACAAGACGUUUCCAAGGAUUAGUUCCCUGAAGUACCUGUGGUGGUCUUAACCUACUCAAUUUAAAGUUUUAUUUCCUCUCAGCACUGAUAUAAUAUUAUUUAUAAUAAUAACAAUAAAUGGACAUAGAUUAUAGGGUGUGGUAAGUGUGCUUGACUGUAUGUAUAGAUUGUUGAGUGUAUGUUUGCAUGUUUGUCUGUUUGUGGAUUGAGAGAAAAGAGAAAAAAGAUGAGGGGAAGGGAUGUAGUAGUGAAGGUUAUGAUCAGAACAAAAUUAAAUGAGAAAUCACUAUAACCAAUCAUAAACUAAAAAUUGGUUUCAACACUGAUACCUAAAAUAUCCAUAUUAAUGAAAUUAAUAAUUCAAGUAACAGUAAUAAUCAUCAUUAUCUUUCAUCAUAAUAAUAGUCAGUAUGUGUGUAUGGCUCUGCAGUUUACCAUAACAAAUAUGUGGUUCGAUUUCAUGUUCACACCUGUGCAGGAAAUUUUUUUUUAAGCCUACUACAUGGUUCAGUCAACAGCAGGCUCUCUGCAAGACAUUACAUUUAUUUAGGGGACAGGGUCAAGAGGUGGUUGGGUGGUAACCAGGGUUAGUGCCUCAUUGUGAGAAAAAAGGAAGUUAGAAUAGGAGAUGGAGAGGUGGAUAUAGGAUAGGUGGAAAUGAGGAGAGUAUGUCAUCUAUCAAAGUCUACAUGUGAGAUAGUGAAAAAAGAUAGUAAAGAUAAUAAGUCAGAUGUUAACUUCUGUCUGGAUGUUGAAGUCACUGAGAAGUACCAGCGGACAGCUGUCCUCAGGGAUUUUCGAUCGGCAGACGUCUUAUUCCUGCAAGAAUUUCCGAGAACCCAAAACAACUAUACUGAACAACAACAAUAAGCUAAUGAACAGUAUCUCCAAGGUAUAUAAAAACUUGCUGGUAGGACUACUGGGAAAUACAGAUAAGUCCAGACAGAAGUGGGAAAGAGACCUGAAUUUGGCCAUUGGACGAUGUGUGUUCAUUCAACCCAAACAGCCAAAUUACAGACUGUAUAGACGUUAGCUGUAAGCUAGCUGGAUGGUGUUCCACCAGUUUCUUAGUCAUCCCCAACUGUCGAGGUCAGCCACUUUUUCAGUGGUGGCAGACCCUCAGUAUAGGGAGGCCGCGGAGAUACUACAACCCUUCCCCUCUCAUCUUUUCCUCUCACCCCACAAACAGACAUACAUGCAAACAUAAAUUCAGCAAUCUAUACAUACAAUCAAGCACACCCGAUUAUUAUUUUUAAUAUUAUUAUUAAUACUAAUAUUAUUAUCUGUGCUGAGAGGAAGUGUCAUAUUUUUGGGGUUUUGUACUGUUUCCUGUUUUAUUUUGUAGUGUUCUCCACUCCUUGUGUGUCUUGUGGUUUUACUUCCUGUCUUUGUUUGCUUUCCCUCCAGUUUAUAUUGUUGACCCCGAUCUUGAUUAAUUGCAUCUGUGUCUCGUUGUCUCCCCUACCUAAGUGUAUUUAGUCUAGGUUUUUUACUGUACAGUGUCAGUUUGUUGUCAUGAUCAUUUGCAUCAGCAGUGGUAUGUGGUCUACACGUCAGGUGUCCCAGCCUUGUUUCCUGUGCUUCUCCUGAGUCUCUUGGAUUUGUUUCUUGGAUUGCCCUCCCAGUUUGGUCCUCUGCCUGCCUGACUAUACUUGUAAGCCUUUCCCCGUAAUAAACUAAUGAACUGCAUCUGCUCUGCCUCUAAGUCUGCAUUCGGGUCCUAUUCCUUGUGUUCCCUGCUC